AUGCUCCAAAGACGGGCUAUGCGACGGCUUUGGCCCAUCAUCGUGGCUUCCGCUCUGUGCCUGGUCGUCUACAGUCUUUUUUGCCCACAUGGCGGGCUUCAGAUUCGGCUGGCAGGGCGAUCCUACGACUACCUGCUGCCCCAGCAUUCUGAGUUUCGCCCUUGGACUGGCACAGCGGGCGACUUCAACAACCUCCAUCUGACCGAGGAACAGUGCCAAGUGGCGUUUCCUGGUCUGACGGAAGGGAUAGACGCGACCGUUGUUGAGGGCGAGUUCCGUCUGGGCCUCGGCGAUAUCUCCGUGUCGCUAUUGGGGCAGAUUAAAGACAACAAGAUACUAGUCCUUCAAGCUCCAAGACCAGUGGACAUGUCAGACCAGUGGUUGGAGGUUGGUGACAUCCCGAGCUUCUCAUUCAACAAGAGUUUCGAGCAGCAGCGUCUGGAAGCAACGGCUGACAUAUACCAGCGACAAAAUGCCGCCCUCCAUCAGCUGAACCGAGCACUUACAACCUCACCGACCCCCCUUCCCAAUACGCACUUCAACCUCUACAUCCAAGACACUCCCGUAUCUCGUUCAUGGUCCCAUAGCCGGCCUGCUAUAUCCCCGGCUCCAAAACAUAUCUUUACCAUCCCCCACUUCUCCUUCUGGGCAUGGAACCAGCCCUUCAUCCGCUCCAUCCCGCACGCGGCGGCCGCUAUUGCCAACAUCGAAGCCAGCCUUCCCUUCGACCUGAAAAACCCGCGUGCAGUGUGGCGAGGGACUGCUUGGUUCAACAACGGCGCCAGCGCGAACCCAAGAUCACGACAAGAGCUUUUGAGGGUUACCAAGGAUGCCGAGUGGGCCGAUGUGCAGGCGCUGGACUGGGUAAACAGCGGAGGAAACGCAACCAACGCGCUCAUGAUCGAACACUUUUGCCAGCACAAGUAUAUCAUUCACACGGAAGGGGUGUCAUACUCUGGUCGUCUGCAGUUCCAUCAGCUCUGUGAAAGUGUCCUCUUGAGCCCGCCCAUGGAGUGGAUGCAACACACGUCACACCUCGCCAAGCCGGUUUACUCGAGCGUCUUGCUGGGCCGACACCAGGAGGCAUACACCGACAGCGUGGCGACAAAGAAGCUCCAGAACGGGUACCCGUCAUCGACGGCUACGAUGGCCUGGCCUGUGACGGUCGGCCCGGGAGAAGCAAACAUGGUGUUCGUCAACCCAGACUGGUCCGACCUCCAAGCGACAAUCCAUUGGCUGGAAGACCACGCCGAGGUGGCUCGCGGCAUUGCUCGCCGGCAGCGAGCUUUGUUCUCCGAAGGCGGGUACUUGAGCCCUGCGGCUGAAGUCUGUUACUGGCGGGCACUUGUCAGAGGUUGGAGCCGAGUUGUUCGCAUCGACCACGCCAUUCGGGGAGGGAACGAGCCCGAAAGCUUUGAGGAGUUUGUCACUAGGACCAAAGCGGUCCGGGAGAGGCACUGA